AAAUAAUAAAAAUUAAACACGAACUUUUUGGGGUCUGAGACGUUUUUGUAGUGCCCGUUUUCAGUCCAGUACCGAUUCAGUAACCGAACGUGUUUAAUAAAAAUAAUUACAACACAGAAAGUCGGUUUGUCGAACGGCCACACUGCCUACAAUCUCAAAUAACCUAAAAACAACAAACACUCGAAUUUAUUGUUUACCAUGAUGCGGUAUUAAGGAAUAGCAUAAAAUGGGCACCCGCGAAAUAUUGACCCUCCAAUUCGGCCAGUACUCGAAUCACAUCGGCACGCACUGGUGGAACGUGCAGGAGGCCGGCUUCACCUACGACACGAACACCGCGUCCGAAAUCAAUCACGACGUGCUGUUCCGCGAGGGCCUGACGCACCGCAACGAGGUGACUUUCACCCCCCGAUUGUUGUGCGUCGACCUUAAAGACGGCCUCAAGGCCCUGCCUCAAGAUGGUGAGCUGUAUGGAGUGCCAAAGUUGCCUUCUGAUGAUGAGAUUAACUGGGACGAAAGUGCUGUUGAAGUUGUUAAGCAGGAGGAGGACGAGAAGAGUCGGUUUCAGAAGGAUUUGGCUGCCGGCAGUCACGUUGAUUACGACCUGGAGACUGACGUGAAGGUUUGGUCGGACUUUUUGUAUGCCCGGUUCCAUCCCAGGACGGUUAAUGUUGUUAAACAGUAUGAGUAUGGGAAUGUUAAUACACCUUUUGAUGUUUAUCCCUUGGGCACGGACGUCUGGAAGACGCAGCAGUUCGACGACGAGUUCUGCGACAAAAUUCGUAACUACUUGGAGGAGUCGGACAGUUUUCAAGGCUUCCACAUGUUGACCGACUGUUGUGACGCCUUCUCAGGAAUGUCAUCAGCCUGUCUGGAAUAUCUUAGGGACGAAUAUGAACAUAAAAGUGUCCUAGUUUUUCCAGUAAUACCCUCAUACUUCCCAGAUAAUGACUACGAAACCGAAAAGGACAGACAAAACUCAAUAUUAAACGACUCAAUUAGGCUCCUAAACAUGACCCUCGGCUUCAACAGUUUCACUGAACACAGCUCCCUGUUCAUUCCUUUAUGCACAAGCGAAAAAGGCUUCAGACAACCAGGCGCAAAACGUGAAUUUUACCACACAAACUACAACCACAAGCUCCCCUACCAUUCAAGUGCAAUUCUAGCCUCGGCUUUGGACACGCUCACCUUAAAGCAUCGCUUAAGGAGCAGCAACUUUUCCCUAAUAGAUCUGUGUGUGGACUUAAAUGUGGUGGGCAGGAAGUGCGCCAGUGCAAGCGUGUGCUUCCCCUUUUCCAUAAACAAGGAUGCUGAUUUGCUCGAGUGUUUGGACAAUUGGACGGGUUCGUUGACUAAAAGUAUUACCCCCAGUUGCCACUUGGGGACUGACAGGAUGAUGCAGCAUAUCACGCUUAGGGGAAUCCCCGAGUCUAGAUUGAAAAAGGCUCCAAACGUGGCUGGCAAACAAAAGGACAUGCCGGCGUAUAAAUACAACACUAUCAAUGAGAUGCUUAGUUAUUACUAUUCUUGUACGUUGUAUGCGACAGCCACAAACGUGACGGUUGUGGAAAAGCCUCUGCCGGUCAAAACGCCCUUCCCAAAAAUCUUCGAUAAAGUUUUGGAUGUGGAUGGGAAUGUUACAAAUGAGGAACAAUGUUUGAGGCCCCAGAACGUUCCUGUGUUAGCCGGCGUGCAUACGGGGGAAGAAAUUGGAACAAUGUUAGAAAACUUACACACCGAAGCCAGGAAGAUCAAGUUUAAAAGGUUUAGUGGGUUCCUAUCUGGAGGAUUGACAUCUGAUGAUUUUGAAGAGUGCUUAGAUAACUUGUUUACGUUAAGAGAGAAUUACGAAGAUAAUUUUAUAUAAUUUAAUAAAGCAAAUGUUACUAUAAUAAUAAUAAUAAAUAAUCUAAUUUAA